GUGGAGCAAGGUUUUAUAAAAUAGUUUUUAAUUUCAUUCCUUUCAAAAGCGUUUGCUUCGUUACAGUGUUCACUUCCUUUUAAUUAUUCCGACAGAUAAGUGACUUCUUAUUACAGUUGUCUUGAACUACGUACUAAGAUUGAAUAGAGUGGUGAAUUUUUUGCUCAGUCUAAAAUGGAACUAUUGAGUAAAUCCUUUAAUUUUAUAUUUUCAAUCGGAGAUCCACGAGUCAAAGAUAAUAUAUUAUUUAAACCAUCGGUAAUCGGUUCUAUUCUUUUUUCAUAUCUUUAUUUCGUCCUUGUAUGUGGUCCGCGAUUUAUGAGAAAUAGGCAGCCGUAUUCGUUAAAGACGUUUAUAAGAUAUUACGAUGUAUUACAAAUCGUGUUGAACAUUCUUAUUGUGUAUAAAUUCAUAAAGGGUGGUUGGUUUACCACGAUUUCGAUAUAUUGCGAACCUGCAAUUAUAGGUACAGAUCCUGUUAAUAUGGAGUUGUUUUAUGGCGGCUGUUGGGCAUACGUCUUAAAAUUUAUCGACUUAAUAGAAACAGGAAUAUUUGUACUCCGAAAGAAAAAUAACCAAAUUUCAUUUCUACAUUUGUAUCAUCAUAUUUCGACUAUAUUAAUUGGUGGGAUUGUUGCAAAACACUACGCCAUUAAAAUGGGUACUUUUAUACCAUUAGUGAAUUGUUGCGUUCACGUAAUAAUGUACAGCUAUUAUUUUCUUAGUACAUGUGGUCCAAGUGUCCAGAAGAUUAUUCAUCGUUAUAAAUUCUUACUUACCGUUACUCAAAUGGUACAAUUCGUAAUAUUGAUUUGUCACGCCUCGCAAUCGUUAUCACCGAACUGUGAUAUGGAUAAUACUCCUGGUGUUAUAAUGAUUAUUAAUCUCUUGAUUAAUUUCAUUUUAUUCUAUGAUUUCUACAAGAAAACCUAUGUGGUUAAACAAGCGAAGCAGAGUACAAAUUUAACGAUUUAUUUUUCAGACUCGCGGGUGAAAUUAUUGCCACUUGUUGGUACUUCCUUCGCAGUACCAACUAUCAUUGCAGUUUAUUUCCUAGUUAUAUAUUUUGGACCCAUUUAUAUGAAUGACAGACCGGCUUAUUCCUUGAAAAGAUUUAUUCAGUUUUAUAACAUCUUUCAAAUUCUGGCUAAUAGUAUUAUAAUAUAUAUGUAUAUAGAUGGUGGAUGGUAUAAAGAUGUAUUUAUUUAUUGUGUACCCAUUACGUAUUCUACGGAUGCCGGUUCUAUGAAGAUAAUCAAUGCGUUUUGGUGGACGAUGGUAUUAAAACUUUUUGAUUUCAUCGAAACGGGAAUAUUCGUGCUACGAAAGAAACAUCGUCAAAUAUCGUUUUUCCACGUGUAUCAUCAUACAACAACGGCCUUGAUCUCCUGGCUGACUAUGAGGUAUUACGUGGGAGGAAUGAUUUCUUUCGAACCGGUAGUAAAUUGCAGCGUACACGUCAUUAUGUAUGUGUAUUAUUUUCUAUCAUCGUUGGGUCCAAAAAUGCAAAAGUUGAUCCUACCGUAUAAACACAUUCUUACUAUUAUUCAAAUGAUACAAUUAGUGAUAUUGAUGUUACAUGUCAUCCAAGCUCUUCUGCCGUUUUGCAACAUGCCAAAAUUACCAUCGUUUGUUAUACUUCUUGAUAUCGUUAUAAAUCUCUUCUUCUUCUAUAACUUUUACAAGAAGGCGUAUCAGAAAUCGAAAAUGAAGAAUAAAUAGGAGUAUAGAUCAGCCGUAAAAUAGUAUUUGUAAAUGGAGAAAAUAAAGAUCGUAUUAAUGCAGAAUU